AUCUUCACUAUUCGAUAUUCAUAUAAUAUGGAAAGUAAAAGUGUAAAACCCUCUAAACAAUUAAAGAAAACCAUUGUUAAACCAGAAGUUAAUUUAUAUUUAUCGUAACCAUGGUUUAAUCCUGAAUUAAUUUUCCAUCGCUUUCAUUUCUUAAGGGGCACACCCGUCACCGGAAAACGCAGUAACUGCCGGUGAACGGCUGCUAAACGAAACCGUUGAUACCUUAACCGCUCAAACGUCUCCGCCGUAACAAAAAUUGUCUCCGCCAGCUUCUGAUUCCUUCACAUUCUUUAUAAAUUACUCCUGCAGUUCGAUUCAGUUUAUCAAAGUUCACAAUUAGAAGUAGAAUCUUUUCCUUCCUUCUUUGAGAUUAGGCAAUGGAUUCAGGCAUGGUCGUUUCAGAAGCCGCCCCUGAGGUCAAGAAUGAAAUCCGAAAUGAGGAAGAAAGGCUCCUCGUCGCUGCCCCUGAUAGUGAGGUUAAGGAGAUUGCUGUUUUGACCGAGUUCAAGAAGAAGAGGAAUCAAAUUCAGGUUUCCAAUGUCAAGAAGCCCUUCUUUUACUACUACAAUCUUUCUAAGAGGCACAUUAAGCAGUACAAUGAAGUUGAGCUUUCUGCAUUAGGAAUGGCUAUACCUACUGUAGUGACGAUCGCCGAGAUUCUGAAGAGGAAUGGGUUGGCAUUUCAAAAGAAGUUGAUGAUAUCUUCUGUCAGUUUGAAGAAUGGGGAAAAUGGCAAGCUGGUUAUGAAACCUAAGAUUGAGAUUGCAUUGGUAAACGCAGAAAAGAUCAAGAACAUUUCGACUGCUCCAACAAGUGAAGAUUCUUGAAACAAAUUUUGUUAGUAGUGUAGUAUCAUUCUCGGAUCUGGAUUUACUUCUUGUUUGCCUACUUUGCCCAUAGUUUCUAUAAGAGAUUAGAGAUCUGCUAGGAAAUAGGAGACUGAAUUGCAGAUCUUUCUGUCGAUGCAGAUUCAAUUCUAAUAGAACCUAAAGAGAGGAGUUCCUUUUUUUCUCCCAAUGAGAUUCUUAAGGAUUGGACGUAGAGAAGCUUUCUUUGUAAUUGAAUUACCAACUUCUAAUUGCAUACAAAAUUGGAUAAA